GGGAACUGUGUUUACACACUGCUACAGGUCGACAACCAAUCUACAGAAACCACCUUCUUCAUCCUCAAAUCAUACACACACACACACACAAUAAAAACAACCAAUCAAAUCUCCAAUUUUCACCUUCAAAAUCACCAUCUGAUCAACAAACUCACCAGUAAUCACAACUCAAAAGCACAUCGCACACAGUUAUCAGCAAUGACGGAUGCUUCAACUGACGCUAACGACAUCGAAAAGCUUUACGUAUACGGCGAACGCCUCAGCGAAGCCAAAGACAAGUCUCAGAAUGUGGAGGAUUACAAUAGUAUAAUUGAGGCUGCGAGAAGUUCGAGUAUUAAGGCGAGACAGUUAGCAGCUCAGUUGAUUCCUAGGUUUUUUAAGUUUUUUCUUGGAUUAUCUGGACCUGCAGUUGAUGCUCAUCUGGAUUUGUGUGAAGCAGAAGAGCUUGGGAUUCGGGUUCAAGCGAUUCGUGGCCUUCCUCUUUUCUGUAAGGAUACACCGGAGCAUAUUUCCAAGAUUGUUGACAUUCUUGCACAACUUCUCAUAGCUGAAGAAAACGUGGAGCGUGAUGCAGUGCAUAAAGCUCUUUUGUCCUUGUUAAGGCAAGAUGUAAAAGCAUCCUUAACGGCAUUAUUUAAGCACAUUGAGAGCGUUGAUGAGCCAGUUACAGAUGAUAAUCUUCGUGAGAGGACCCUGAUCUUUAUCAGGGACAAGGUGUUCCCUUUGAAAUCUGAGCUCUUGAAGCCACAGGAGCAAAUGGAAAGGCAUAUUACUGAUUUAAUUAAAAAAAGUUUACAAGAUGUCACAGGAGCAGAGUUCAAGAUGUUCAUGGAUUUUUUAAAAAGCUUGAGCAUAUUUGGAGCAAAAGCUCCCACCGAGCGUGUGCAAGAGCUCGUUGAAAUCAUCGAAGGCCAAGCUGAUCUUGAUGCACAAUUCAGUGUUUCAGAUGGGGACCAUGUUGAUCGAUUAAUAUCAUGCCUAUAUAUGGCUCUCCCGUUUUUUAUCAGGGGUGCUUCAAGUAGCAAGUUCCUCAAUUAUUUAAACAAGCACAUUCUCCCUGUUUUCGAUAAGCUUCCUGAAGAACGUAAAGUAGACCUGCUUAAGAAUCUUGCUGAGAGUUCACCAUAUGCAGCACCUCAAGACUCGAGGCAGAUUCUUCCUUCUGUCGUUCAGCUCUUAAAAAAGUAUAUGCCUCAAAAGAAAACAGGGGAAGAGAUGAACUUCACAUACGUGGAGUGCAUGUUAUACACGUUCCACCAUUUAGCUAACAAGGCCCCAAAUGCCACUAAUAGUUUAUGCGGUUAUAAAAUAGUGACUGGUCAACCAUCAGACAGGCUCGGGGAGGACUUUACCGAGCUUUACAAAGAUUUUACAGAAAGGUUAAACUGUGUUGAAGACCUCACUAAAGCUACCAUGAAGAAACUAACACAAGGAAUGGGUCAGCAAAAUAAGACAACGGGUACUGCUAUAUCUGAUGAAGAAAAGGCUAAAAUUCUUUAUGAUAUGCAGAAAAUCCAAAAGCAGAAUGCCACAACGGGGUUGCGCACUUGCAAUAACAUUUUGGCAAUGACACAGCCAUUGCAUACAAAAUCACCUUUAUUUAUUGGAGACAAAAGAAUUAAUCUAUCCUGGAAUGAAGCAGUUAAAAGUGUAGCUCCAGCAAACACAGCCGGGGCAAAACGACCUGCCAAUGCCAUAAAGGGUCCGAGCAACCAACCACACAAAAGGGGCCGUGGAGGCAGCAAUCAGCUUGUCGACAGGGCUUUUGAAGGCCUAUCAUAUGGCGGGAGAGGUGGUUCAAGGGGAGGAGGAGGUCAAGGCAGGGGUCGGGGUAGGCAGGGUCGGGGAAGAGGCUAUUAUCGUUAACUUCUACUUCCAAAUGUUGGAUAAGAUCGAUUGCUAGUCGGGCUGCAUUGGAUGCUAUAGGGGACUUUACACACCUGAACUCCAAAAUGCGGAAGCUAAUCUAGAUUUACACACCUGAAUUCGACAUUUUUGAUGUCUUAAUUUUUGAGUUUCAGAUUUUGUAUUUCCGUUGUAUACGUACCGUCAGAAAUUGUUAUUGGAUCUAUGGUCUGAGCCCUGUAGUUUAAUGUGUAUGGUUUUGUGCCCAUUUUUUUUU